AUGGCACAGAGUGGGCAGCCAAUGCCACCGCCCGAGGAGAACCUGCAGGGCUCUUGGGUGGAGCUGCACUUCAGCAGUAACAGCAAUGGCCACAGUGCAGUGCCAACUUCAAUCUCGGUCUAUAAUGGCGACAUGGAAAAGAUUCUUCUGGAUGCACAGCACGAGUCUGGACGCAGCAGUUCCAAGAAUUCUCACUGUGACAGCCCUCCUCGGUCACAGACACCCCAGGAUAUUUACAGAACCUCUGAAGCAGAUACUCACAGCCUUGGAGAGAAGAAUAGUUCCCAGUCUGAAGAGGAUUACAUGGAAAGACGGAAAGAAGUGGAGAGCAUCCUGAAGAAAAACUCAGACUGGAUUUGGGACUGGUCCAGCUGGCCUGAAAACAUUCCCCCAAAGGAGUUUCUUUCCAAGCCCCCAAAGCGCUUGGCCACCCUCAGCAUGAGAAACACGAGCGUCAUGAAAAAGGGAGGCAUCUUCUUGGCAGAGUUUUUGAAGGUUUUCCUCCUGACCCUGAUGCUCUCUCACUUCCUUGCCAUUGGUCUGGGGAUCUACAUUGGAAGACAUCUCACCACCUCUACCAGCACCUUCUAGGGUGGGCCAAGCAGCAAGCAGAGGCAGUGGUCUCUGAGCAUGCAGAAU